AGUGGACUAUAGCAUUCAACAGAUUCGACAUGUCUAAGCUACAAGUGGUGCUGUUUCUUGGCGCAUUUCUCGUCGCCACCGUCAGCUGUGCUCCGUCCAUACCCAUUGGUCGCGUGGUGAAUGGCACCGACUCCGAUGUCCACCGCUAUCCCUUCGUGAUUUCACUGCGUGGCGCCACGGGCUCCCAUUCCUGCGGCGGCUCGAUUGUAUCCCCUAAAUUUGUACUGACGGCUGCACACUGUGUGAACGGCCGCAAGGCUGCGGAUUUGUCCAUACAGUAUGGCGUUACCCAGAUAAAUGCCAAAGGACCAAAUGUGGUGGCCGCCAAGCGCAUCAUUCAACACGAGCUGUACAAUCCGGCCGCGAACUAUGUGAACGACAUUGCACUCAUCGAGGUGGCUGAACCCAUUGUCUUUGACUAUGAGACGGUGGCUCCAGUGACCCUGCCACCGCUUAACUUCGAGACACCGCAAACGCCAGAAGGUGGGGAAGGUGUGCUCAUCGGCUGGGGCUUAAAUGCGACUUCAGGGUCCAUUCAAACCACACUUCAGGAGGUGAACUUGAAGGUCUACUCGGAUGACGAAUGCGUGGAGAGACACAGCGGUAGAACCAAUCCCAGUAGCCAUAUUUGCGGUGGUGUCGAUGAGGGGGGCAAGGGCCAGUGCAGCGGCGAUUCGGGUGGUCCCCUCAUCUACGAUGGCCAACAGGUGGGCAUUGUGUCCUGGAGCAUUAAGCCCUGUACCGUGGCACCCUAUCCAGGUGUUUACUGCAAGGUAUCAGCCUACACAGAUUGGAUUAUCAACAAUCAGAUUACACUGGCAUAGAUCAUAGUUGGAACAAUAAAAAUACGUACAUAACCAAA